CGGGGGAUAGAGCAGAGCGAGGGAGAUGAACAAUAAUGGCAGGAGGAGGAACCUUCUUCCCCUGAUUCCCUGCGCUGCAUCUUAUCAUCAUUAAUUCGUCCUUGUGAUCGGUGGACUGAUCGACUCAUCGGGAGGGGUAGGGAGCCUCAGCCCGCUCGUCGUCGCGUUCCUUGUUUGAUCGCGUUGCUCUUGAAUCAUCAGACAGAAUAAAUUAGUCUCCUACCAGACGUCUUCAAUUUCAGCAUACCUUUGGAUUGAUCAAGCGGCAGGAGAACGAAGAUCAACAUGUCGGCGGAUGCCGCCGUGUCGGAGAGGAAGACGAAACCAUUGCUGCCAGAGGGGUUGCUUCUCCCGGCGAGCAUGGUGUUGGUGCAGGUAUUCACCAUGGGCGCCCUCCUCCUUUCCAAGCUCGCCUUCAACGUUGGCAUGGCGCCUUUCGUCCUCCUCGCCUACCGCAACCUCAUCGGCGGCAUCACUGUCGCUCCCUUCGCCUUCUACUUCGAGAGGGACAUGAUGAAAAAGGUGAACCUGAAGGUAUGGGGUUGGAUCUCCGUCAAUGCUUUGUUCGGGAUUGUGCUGGCAAUGGGACUGCAAUACUAUGGUCUGCGGGCCACCAACGCGGCCUACUCCGUCAAUUUCCUGAAUGUGAUCCCCGUCGUCACCUUUAUCAUCGCCAUCAUACUUCGAGUGGAGAAAUUGAAGAUAGAGACAUGCCCUGGCAAGAUGAAGGUCAUCGGUACGGUUAUCGUGGUGGGCGGGACGAUGGUGAUUAGCCUGUACAGAGGCAAGCUGCUUCAUCUGUGGCCUACCCACCUGCUGAAACCGCAGCUGCAGGCGGCCGGCGCGGCCUCGGCCAUACCUAACCACCACAACAUGCUCAUCGGCACAAUGUUCCUAUCCGGCAGUUGCCUCAGCUACGCCUUCUGGUUCAUUAUACAGGCUCGAGUGUCAAAGGAUUUCCCGUCAACGUACUUCUCGACAAUGUUGGCUUGCGCGUCAGGGACAAUCCAGGCGGUGGUGAUCGGAAUCAUGAUCGACAGGGAUCCAUCGUCAUGGGCGCUCAGCUGGGACCUGCAGCUGCUCACCGUCGUCUACUCGGGGGUGUUCAACACGGGCGUCACCUUCUGCUUGAUCUCUUGGGCGGUGGCUCGCCGUGGGCCCACCUACCCUUCCAUGUUCAACUCACUAUCGUUGAUGAUCACCACAGUUCUCGAUUCAGUGCUCCUUGGCACCGAUGUGUCCGUGGGGAGCUUGCUAGGAGGGCUACUGAUCAUCCUAGGCCUGUACGCAUUUCUUUGGGGCAAAGGAAAGGAGAUGCAGGAGCAGCGCAAGCAAAUCAGUGCGGCGGCAGCCAACACAGAACGAAGCAAAGGCAGCGGCGCGGCUGACGGUAAUGGCGUGGAUAGCGUGCAGGUUGGGAAGCAGGAGGUGCGAAUUCGUGUGGAAGGCAGCUAGCUAUUUAGAUAUGUUAGAGGCAUGCAUAGACAGUGUUUGGGAGACAAUUAAACAAAGCAACACGGAGAUGGACCAUAAAGAUUGGUAUAGGUUGGAAUUAAUCUUUCAUAUCAGAUCAUCUGAGGCUAUCAAAGUGCCUAUGCGUUGCAAUGGAUCAGAAAUAAAGGAAUAUAUGGUCAAGAACCACAGACCUUGAAAUGUUGUCCUCCUAUCUAAAACUGCCAUCAGUCCACACAUGUACCUAAAAAACCCAUUAUAAACAGCUUCGGUUUCAUCCAAA